AUGCAACACUGGAGUGCCGUGAAAACGCUUUUCCGAUAUCUGCGGGGAACAUCGGCGCUGAAGCUGAUAUACCGCCAGGGCGGCGACAGCGACAUCAAAGGUUACAGUGACGCGGACUGGGCAGCUAACGUAGAUGACCGCAAAUCCACCAGCGGCUACAUCUUCACGCUGCAAGGAGCAGCUAUCUCGUGGUGCUGCAAGCGCCAACCGACGAUUGCCUUAUCAACCUGCGAAGCAGAAUAUAUGGCACUUUCGGCUGCUGUUCAAGAAGCAUCGUGGUGGCAAGGACUGACCAGACAAUUCGAAGCGACUGGUCCAAUCACUAUAAAUUGCGACAACCAGAGCACCAUUGCGAUUGCCAGGAACGGUGGCUACAACCCUCGGACCAAGCAUAUCGAUAUCCGUCACCAUUUUAUUCGGGAUGCACUGGAAAGGGAGAUAGUCAACAUCAAUUACAUCGAAUCAGACAACCAACUCGCCGAUGGCCUCACGAAACCAUUAUUACGGACGAAACUGGAGAAGAAUCGUGAAGCCAUAGGAGUCCUAGCUUAA